AUAAGUCCGAUCACCGAAAGCUCCUCUGCUCCCAGAGGAGAGAGAACCCUCACGGGUCCGGCAAUACAGAAUUCUCCCCAAGAGAGCUUGGGUCGUCUUUAUACGGAUCAAAUCCAUGUACUUGAUUUCCAUCAUGUAGAUGAGAACACACCAAUUAAUCAGCAAGCCGCUACCAUCCAUGGGGAAUACUCGAAAGGUCAGUUUGAGAAGAUACCUACAACAUUGCUUUUCAAUAUCACACCCAGCCAGCUAAUAACCUGUAGCCCUUCCACUCGCUCCAUGACUGCCCAAAGGACCAGCGUCGAUGCAGACGGGACCUGGUAUGGUAGCAUGUACAAUAUGCAUGCUAAUAAUGCAGAUUUCAGAGCGACCAUUGUAAAGCUCCAAAUUUCAGAAUCUGAAGCCUGUCUUCGGUGGAUCUACUACCAUUCAAAGUUGCAGAAGGGUGAUGAUGUGAUUCUGGAAACCAACUCGGGACCUGAGCUCACUCAGCAUAUCAAGAAUAUCGUUAAAGGGCCUUUACCAGCUGAGACCGUGAUAAACUUGACUUGCUUUGCGGGAGACUGCGUGACGGAAGAGUUCGCGUAA